AUGGAUGGUCAGAAUAGCAUGCAACAGCUCCAAGAGCUUUUAGCGAUGGAGGGAAAUGGCGUAUGUUUCGACUGCGGUGCCCACGGCCCGUCCUGGGUCUCCCUGUCGCACGGCAGCUUCAUAUGCCUGAGCUGCUCGGGUGUACACAGGGGCUUCGGACUCAGCGUCAGCUUCGUGAAGAGUGUCAACAUGGACACCUGGUCUGCCAGGCAGAUGCUCUACAUGAAACAUGGAGGCAACCAGAAGCUGAAGAGCUUCUUCGACGAGAUGAAGAUCAUGGACCUGCCGCUGUCGCUGCGUUACAAGACCGAGGGUGCUGCGUACUACCGCAAACGCCUCCGUGCUUUGGUGGACGGUGCACCCCUGCCACCGAUGAUAGACGCCGAGGUGGCCUGCCGCCUGGAGGAGCAGACGCCGGGGUCUCUUGCCACGACACCACACUCCGUCAUAUCGGCACCGAUUUCACCUUCAAACAGCAUGGCUAUGCCGUUUACUCAGGUGAACAUUGAUGCGACUGACGCGGCAGCGGAGGAAGAUGGCGGUAGCACCUCCACUUAUCCGAACGUGCCGCAGAUCAACCUGCAGACGUCGCCCUCAAUGAACGAACCCCCAAGCUACCAGCCGUCACAGAUCCCCGGUAGACAUUCGGCUCCUCCAGGGCCGCAAAGGAAGCGUUCUCAGAAGAGUGACUUCUUCGGGUCACUGGGCUCGAUGUUCGGGUCGUUCGUGGACACGGCCAUCUCCACUGCGGGCAACGCGGUGAAUGAAAUCAAGAACCGCGGCGUUAUCGACCAGGCUAAGGGCGUCUUAGAGACUAGCAAGUCGUGGAUUGAGACCCAGGGGAAGAAAAUCGCCACAAGCGUGCAGGACCCCGAGUGGUGGGAGAACAGCCACAUGAAAGCUAAGCAUGAGGCGUCGAAGGUCGCCCAUCACCUUUCAACGGCCGCCUCCACCGCACAGAAUUGGAUUCAGAAGAAGGUUGCCGAAAUGCAGAAUUCCUCUGAACCGCCAAGCAGGCACGGGAGCUCCGAUGCUUCCUCCUCGUCAUUCAAACCUCAGCCACGUACGCAGCCAGGACCUAUCGGUGUGAUGGGUGGCGCCAACUUGUGGACCGAGCCUAAGGACCCAGAUGCUGAUGAUGUGAAUCCCAUCAUCGAGCAAUACCAGCAGCCACAGUGA